UAAGAAUGUCAUUGUAAAUGGAGAUAGCUAAAUUUAGAAUCAUGAAGUCAGAUACGCCUGGGUGAAGUGCAGUCAGUCGAGAAUUGUUAAAGCAUUCUGACCGUUGCAUUUAUUCGCGAUAAAUAAUGCGUUGGGAGGACUGGUCCGACAAACGUACCAUCACACGUAAGAUGGUCAAAGUGGGCUCUGACAGCGACGGAUCAACCCUCGUCGUUGGUAGAUGUUGGGUUGAAGACAGUAUCAUUCCCUGCAAGACUAGACCCACUCAAGGGAUCGCUUUCUGCGCUUACAACAACAGGGAAAUCAACAAAUAUAGUUAUAAGGUGUUGCUGAUGGACAGGGAUGACUACGAAUGGGUGAAAGUGAAAAAUCUCCAAAUUCCGGACAACGCGAUUGUGGUAGGUCGAACCAAAGAAAGCGACCCCCUCUACGUUGGUCGAACCAUUCACAAUGACGUUGAUGUUGCAGGAAAGGUGCCUCAUAGCACAGGUUUUCUGCAUUAUCCUUAUUACCACACGGAGUAUAUCACCAGGAGCUAUGAGAUCUUAGUCGAAAAGAAUUAAGAUCUUCCUUCCAUGGUGGGAUUACAUCUGAAGACGGCCGACCACUGGAUGCCUAAUUGGAACAAAACAACUAUUUUUCGAAUACGAAGUUUUUAAUCAAUUCCAGACGAUUAAUAAUCCACUUCGUCAUAAAAAACAUCUCUUCGACGCUCGAUUCCAUAGCGGUGAUAACUGUUAUCGAUGAUAACAAUUAAUAAAAAUUGUACGUCAUUCAUAUCAACUCAUGUGAUUCUGCGUCAGACAGAAAGUGUGAAGUUUACAGUAUCUUCGCUUCAUUCAAUAAUGAGGGGCAGCAGAUUUUUUAUAUCAGAAUCCUGUAUUGAAUAUUUACUGUCUGUCAAAGCCCUUUCAGAAUUCAUCAGACAGAAAUUUGUCAAAGCAUUGGCUAGGGAUAUUGAUUGUAAAAAUAAUCAGUUGAACUUUAGAACAAUUCCAGAUGUGGCAUUAUCAAUAUUUGUCAAGAUAUUUUAUUAAUAUCAGACAAUGUAGGAUGGAAUAUACGGGUCUUCAGUAGAGAAGCAGUGAAGGGAGUGGUGGAAACCAUGAUGGACACGCUCUCAACCCCAAACAAAGUCUCUGAAUCUUCUCGUGAAAAAUUCCAUGAGCUGGGGUCUUUAUUGUAAACUUCAGUUGACUUCUGCUGUCCAAAUGAGGUUCAAAAAUUUUUGGUUGCUUUUUUCUAUUCAUCUGUUGUCUGUGAUGCUAAAGAAAUACAUGCCAAUGUCAAGUUAACAUUAAGACUGACAGUCAGUAGUAAUGAGAUAUAAUGGGUGCAAACAAUUCUAAUUCUAUGUCACGACAUGUGUACUAAAAGGGGUUAGAGGGAAGAGAAACAAAAUAUAAAAAACCGAGAGGGGAUACAUAUGGGCUAUAAAAUAAAAUGACAUAUAUUAUACUUUUCUAACUUGAUUAUUAUUUUCUAAAAAACUGAUGGAUGUAAUUUUUUUCAAUGUCAAUAAAUCAUUUCUAAAGGGAAA